UACCCAGGUAAAUUCGGUCACCAAUAAGCAUGACACUAGUGCGAAAUGCUGAGAUGCAGCGACUGCAGGCGUUUGUCGACGCCAGAAAGCGUAGCAUCGAGGCAGCCGAGGAUCGUUACGACGUCCAAGCAGCAGUGACCGAACUGCGCGAGCUAGCUGCUCCACUGCACAGUCCCGAUCGGUUCCCGUCGUCGUGGAAGGUAGCAACUUAUUGGCUCUUGGUGGCUAGAUUGAUCUAGCACCCUAAUUUUGCUAUAUCCAACGCCGUUGCAGAAUUUGUAUUUGGAGUAUUUCUAUCGCGAUGUUGCAGCAUUCCUAUUGCACUUCGUGGCUGUUCACCUGGAGAUCUGCUUCACCCAGCAAGACCGGGACCAAGGAUUCGACGUCCUCUUUGACCGUGAAGUUGUUCCGUCCAGCAGAGCAAUUGGUGCAUUAGCAUCGAAGCUAUCCGCCACCAACACAAGAACAGCUGCAACAAAUAGAACAACGGAAGAAGAUGCAGGGGCUUCCAUUACGCAGUGCGUCCGACUGCUCGAAAAGAUUGUUACGACUGGUGGGGUACAGGACAUCGUGACUGAAAUGCUGAUACAGGAACAGCAAUCGAUCAGUAAUGGACAGAGUGUAAUCGGUUAUCAGGUUCUCAUCUCACAGCUCUCAUCGCUUCCAGAUCUCGUAUACAAUAGACGUCAACGCGACACCCCUGCAGUAUUUCUCCCUCGACGAUAUUUCCCGAUGCUUUGCGAUGCCUUAUUUCGCGGUCUAUCGGAACAAGAAUUCCCAGUAGGGCAAUCACGCACCUUUCGGGUGUUUGCCGACAAGCUCGUGCGCAUUGGUCAAGCACAAGUACUUGUCCAGAGCUGGUUGCGCUCUAUCACCACCUCAUCCUUGACGAUGCAUUCCACGCUAUUCCAGAGCCUCCCAGAGUCAUGUCACGAGCAAAUUCUGCUUCAUCUUUCGCGUGAAAAGACCCCAUCUACUUUGACUGCACAACAAGCGCUGAGUCUCUCCAAGUACAGACUCCUGGCUCAAAUUCCUCCGGAGUUGUGUGCCAGCAAGCAGCUCCAGUAUGUCGUUGCCCACAAGCUCUUACUUCGGAAGUCCAUUGACGAUUUCUUCUUCUGGCGAGUGCUGGUUGAUGUAAUGGUGCAGUACGGCGGCCACCCUUGCCAAUCUCCGCUAGCAGCUGUGUUUGAUGUGGUGCUUACGCGCUGGAGCCAAAGUGACUUCGCAGUCAACACUGAGUACACCGUCAAUGCUGCCGUGUGCUUCUUCCUUCGCUACAGUCUGCAGAAGCUUUCGAAGGAUGGUGGUGAGUCAUUUAUGCAGCAAGACUGGAUCACGAAGCUAUGCAAAGGAGUCCAAGACCACAUGGGCCACUCAAUUGAGCGCGUACGAGCGCUAGGUAUGCGUGUGGGGGAGAGUCUUUCACACAUCAUCGCUUCUGAACAGCCAUUGGACUUCGGUCUAAAGGAUGAAGACCCCGUAGAGAUAUACGGAUGCCCCGUACUGCCUGAAGAGCUCGAGAAAGGGAUUGCAAAUCUGAAUUUAGACGCACAAGAAGAGUCUCUCGAGCAGUCUACGUCUGGAACAAGCGGUGACAAGGAGAAGCGAAGACGACGAAAGAAUUCGAAGAAGCGCUUGAACAAACCAUUCACACUUGACCCAGAUGAGUUGGUGCUCAGUGAUGAGGAUGAAGCAAAUGCCUCAGAUAGUGACGCUGAAUCCGAAUCGAGCUUUGAUAGUGCAGAUUCAGAUUCCGACCUGAGCUUGGAGGCCUAUGACUUGGAGGAUGACGAGGAAGACUUGACAGCCAAGCGACCUUUGUAUCUGAAGGAUCUAAUUACUAGUCUGUUGGCGGAUGAUGAUCGCGAGAAAACGGAAGUUGCUCUGAACGAGGCUGAAAGUUUGAUCCGUCGUCAGCCUCGAGAUCUGAAGGACAAAGCACACGAAGUAGUUCGAGCCUUACUGCGACUCGAAGACAAGUACAACACGCCACAGUUCGUCAGCCUCCGCUCGCAAGCUCUGGCGACGGCGUGCACACUGGCACCGACUCAAACGCUGCCGUAUCUAACUAGCCAGGCGCUGGAGCGUGAACAAUUGCUGCAAUCUCGCAUCGACGUGCUACAGGCAAUGACCUCCGCUGCUCAGGAAUUAUCUGAAAGAGGUGGCUACCAGCACCCCAAAACCCCUAAGACGCUGCUAAACGAGCAGGUACAGAGCGACUUGAAGACGCGAACAAUGCAAAGCCUGAAAACCCGUCGCUGGGGCUACCGACGUGAUCCAUUGGCCGGUCCAAAGAGGAACGCAUUUGCUCCUUACGCAUUGCAAUUCUUCUCACCGCUGCUGUUCGGAUACGUCGACUACGUGCGGAAGCACUCGGCCACUCCAGAGAAAGCUCGAAGCGAAGUGGAGCAGACGUUCCUAGCGCAUUUGCUGCACGCUCUUGCGAGCUUCGUAGAGUGCGCGGGCCAUGCGCCACAGACGAUAGCGAUGGCCAAGUGUCUGCUGGAGUUCGCGUGGAGCGAGCGCUCCAGCACCAACGCUGAAGUGCGUCGCCAAGUACUUUUUAGUCUCAGUCGCGUGCUGCUAGUGGUACCGCCAACGCUAUUGCGGCAAGAGGUGGGCGAGGCUCUCGCUGAGGUCGCUCCGUGGCUCCGUCAGGUGCAGAACCACGAUCCGGACGCUGGUUGUCGCGAAGCGGCGCAGUUACUGAGCUCAUUCGCUCCGGUGCCGACGGCCUCGCUCUCGCUAAUGUAGACGAGUGAAAAAUAUCCUUGAAAGGAACCCAUUUUGAAGCCAUCAUCAUCUUAU